AUGGUUGGAUACCCACCCGUAGUCCCUGCCCCUAGUCAGGGUCCAUCCUCUUAUGCUGCCUCCGGGCCCCCAGCCGUGGGUGCGCGCAAGACGAUCCUGCGAAAAAAGCGCUACGACAUCUCGAUCUGGCUGCAGACAGGCCUCACAACGCUGUACCUUGUUCUCCUUAUAUACUAUUUUGUGCACCUGCGGCACCUGGCCGGUAUGCAGCCGGCGAUUUGGCGCGCUGGGCUCCUAUUCCUGCUUUUGCUGGUAGACAUCAGCGUGAUUUGGCUGACUGUGCGCAGCAGACGGAUGGCGUGCAAAUCCGAGCCAGGAGCGCAACAGAGAGAAACAAACCAGGGUGUGCCGCUGGCGGGAAUUGGUAGCAAUAACCCGUUUUCAUUUCACCAGAAUCCAACUACUUUGGCCGAUUCGCUGCGUCCGCCGCAGCCCGCUGAACUGGAUCUGCAGCAUUCGCCAGGGCGCAGUGGGCAGCUGGCGAGGUCGCAUCUGAACACGCCGAUUACUGGGUAG